AUGGCCCGUACCAAGCAGACCGCCCGCAAGUCCACCGGUGGCAAGGCGCCCCGCAAGCAGCUCGCCGCCAAGUCCCAGGCGCGCAAGACCAACGCCGCAGCGGCGACCGGUGGUGUGAAGAAGCCCCAUCGCUUCCGCCCUGGUACCGUCGCCCUCCGCGAGAUUCGUCGCUACCAGAAGUCGACGGAGCUCCUCAUCCGCAAGCUGCCCUUCCAGCGUCUUGUCCGUGAAAUCGCACAGGACUUCAAGACCGAUCUUCGCUUCCAGUCCUCUGCUGUCAUGGCCCUCCAGGAGGCGGCCGAGGCAUACCUCGUCUCGCUCUUCGAAGACACCAACCUUGCCGCCAUCCACGCAAAGCGUGUCACCAUUCAGCCGAAGGAUCUCGCAUUGGCUCGCCGCCUCCGUGGCGAGCGCACAUGA